GAAGUUGCUGUAAAAAUUUGCAAAAAUAAUGUUAUAAUGUUGUGUUUUGUUCAAAUCCACUGUAAUAAUGUUAGAACCAAUCAAUUAGUCCACAAGUGUCCUGAAAGCCCCUCAUAGAUUCCUGUUUUAAAUUCCAGAUACUUGCUAAAUUUUAGAUUAUUAAUAACUGUGUAAGUACUGUAUACUGAAGUAAUGAGUGGGAGGGGCACAGCAUGCAAACCUAUGUAACAUACAAAUGUAUUUCUCAUCUGAGUGACUUCUUGUCCUGUUUCAUCCAGCACAUGACCACAAUCAAUGUAUCUGUUCUGGAGUUUCCCUUGGACUAAUAGACUCUGAUACAGCUUGCUGCAAAUAUUGAGCACUGGACUGAUACGUCGGUCCAUCUUGUCUUUUGUAGUCAGAUGGAGAAUUUGGAAAAAAAGAGUGAUUUCCUUGAUUUGCAGACAGAGGGCAACAUGGAACAGCCAUUCACUGUUAGUUCAUUGAAAAAGCUGGUAGCUAUUCCUGACCAUACAGACAUCUCUGUGACCCCAGAGGAGAGAGUACGUGCCUUAAGCAAACUUGGCAGCAAUAUCACAAUCAAUGAAGAUAUCACUCCACGUCGUUACUUUAGAUCUGGAGUAGAGAUGGAGCGAAUGGCAUCCGUAUAUCUGCAGGAAGGAAACCUGGAAAAUGCUUUUGUCUUUUAUAAUAAGUUCAUAACCUUGUUUGUAGAAAAGCUGCCCAGUCACCGAGACUAUCAUCAAUGCGCAGUGCCGGAAAAACAAGAUAUUAUUAAGAAAUUGAAGGAAGUUGCGUUUCCACGUACAGAUGAAUUGAAGAGGGAUCUUUUAAAAAAAUAUAACUUAGAAUAUCAAGAAUAUAUUCAAAACAAAAACAAAUGUAAAGCUGAAUUUCUGAAGAAACUAGAGCAGCAAAGGCUAAUAGAGGCAGAGAAGAAACGAAUCGCACAUAUGCGGCAACAGCAGCUUGAAUCAGAACAGUUUCAGUUCUUCGAAGAUCAACUUAAGAAGCAAGAACUCGCUCGAGAUCAGAAGAUUAAAGACAAUAUGGUUAUGUCUGAACAGAUAGAUGGAAGUAUGCUAUCUUGUAUGUCUGCACCUGAGAACAGUUCUUUAUCUAACACAUUGCUUGAGAAAAAAGAGAAGAGUGACACAUCAGGCUGUACUGGACCUUCACCUCCAGUAAACUGGGCCCUAAAGCCAGCAGCUGCUUUAAGUGCUGUUCACCCUCAAUUGGCUGAAGCGCUCAGAGGUGUAAUUUUACCCAGGGAUCUCUGUCACAAAUUUCUGCUGCUAGCAGAGGCAAAUACAGUAAGAGGAAUAGAGACAUGUGGAAUUCUCUGUGGAAAACUGACACAUAAUCAGUUUACUAUUACCCAUGUGAUCGUGCCAAAGCAGUCUGCAGGACCAGACUACUGCGACAUGGAGAAUGUGGAAGAAUUAUUUGGUGUUCAGGAUCAGUAUGAUCUCCUUACUUUGGGGUGGAUCCAUACACAUCCAACACAAACUGCAUUCUUAUCCAGUGUUGAUCUUCAUACUCAUUGUUCUUAUCAGCUAAUGUUACCAGAGGCCAUUGCAAUUGUUUGUUCACCAAAACAUAAUGACACUGGUAUCUUCAGACUUACUAAUGCUGGCAUGCUUGAAGUUUCUGCUUGUAAAAAGAAGGGAUUUCAUCCACAUACAAAGGAGCCUAGGUUAUUCAAUCCAUGUACCCAUGUGGUCGGGAAAGACAUAAAGAUAAUUGUGCUGGAUCUGAGGUGAUACGGCUGGACAACAGUGAUGCUACUAAGCGAAUGGCCAAAAUAGAAAAAUGGCUUCCAGUUUUCCUAUGUUUUCAGAAAUGACUUUUAUAUUUAUACAUUUUAGAUUGAAUGGUUUAAUAUUUAUUGUUCUUGACCAUUUUGGAGUUACUUUGUUGCUCUGUCAAGAUGGAGUUCAGUGGCAUUAAUCCUGAAUCUGUAAAUGUAUUUCAAUAAUACAACACAAGAAUAAAAUGAACUUCAAACAACUGUAACGCUGUUGAAGUAAUGCUGCUUUGUCACUGGUGGCAUUAAUUGUCUCCUGAGAAUUACAGGAUUUUAAGUGUUUGGCUUUUCCUGACUUCCAGCUAUGUACAUCUCUUUAACUGCUUCAGUGGAUUUCCAUUAUAUGUAGUAGAGGCAAAUAAGUUAGCUUCGGUGAUUUGUCGUGCUCCCCGUGCUCCCCCAUUCCAUCUUUGUAUAGUUCUGGUUUCUGCUAUGUCAUUAAACAGAAAUCUUACUUAGGAAAACACAAGUCCUUUACCUGAGAGCUGACCCCCAUCACAUCCUGGCAUAGCAGAGAUGCAUCAGACUCCCUUGGAGGAAUAUGCCUUCUGCCAGCAACCCUCUCGCAGAAUCUCCUACUUGAUUUCAAGUUCUGCUCCUGAAAGGAACUCCCGAGAUCUAUAAAGAGUUAGAUUUAAAAGAUCGCUCUAGAGUUAGAAGGAAGAAGCAUACAAAGUAAUUUGCUCUUAUAAGAGUUUAUUCAGAAUCUGCUCUGAUAACCUAAAUGACAUGUACAUUAAAUAAGGUUAGUGUGAAGACGUUUGGAACAUAUACUAACCCUCAGAAGUUGGACAAGAUCUGGAACCUAGGAGUUAUGCAGACAUGGUAAGUAAGAGGUGCUGUUGCAGAGACCUUACAGUCUGAAAGAUAAGGAGGAACAGGCAAGUGAGGUAAACUGUUGGGUCUGAGGAAAGGAAAGUGGGUACCAAAAAAUAAAUAGCAGCCUGGAUCCUGAAUUCUAAUGAAUGUAGAUUGCAGCAAUUUCCUUAGAACUGGACUUCUUCAGCUCCCUCUCAGUGAAUUCUUUAUUUAUAUAUACUUUUAAGACAGUAAUAGUGGCUUCAGCUUCUACACAUGUAUUUCUAGUUUAGCAUCAGUUUCAAUGUGUUAAGGUAAUUAACGGAAUCAGAAAAUCACAGAAAAAGAAAAUAGUCUAAAAUCAUUUUAUCUAUCUGUCUGCUUUGAUUACAUUACCCCAAAAAAA